GGCUGCUCUUCACACCUAUUACUUGUUCAAAUGAACGCAGGUCAAAGAACAGAAACUAGUUUUUUUUCUUCUCAUUCUGCAUCAUGGUCAUUUAUUUCAUGAUUCCAUUGCACUUCAAAGAUACUCGAUCGUGAGUCAAUAUUUGUCCAACUGUCACCUUCAGCACUAGCUACAAGCUACUAGUGCCCUGGACGGAUUUUACGAGACUUGUCGCGUAUUCUUAGUUUAUUUGCCCGGACACCGAAAUCAAGUUCGAACGAAGCGGAGCAAAGUUUGAUAUUGCACCAUGGGACGACCCACGAGUCUAAGAUAUUUGGUCAAAACCACAUUUCGAGGAACGAUUUUGGGCUUGUUGGCCUCUUUUAUCCUGUACUACUUCCACCUUCAAAACGGAACAUUACAAGACAUUGCCCCCUCCAGUGAAGAGUGUGUUGUUUUCAACCAAAACAACUAUGGAUCGAGAAUUUCCAGCCUGCAAGAGUUUUAUCCCUUCUACUUGUGCGAGCAUUUUAAGCCCAAAACGAAACUUUUCCACUUCCUUGGGCUGUUUAAUGCUGUUCUUCUGAUCUUCAUUUUCGUGGUCUACAACCGCCAUCCAAAAACCAUUCUGUUUGCCUUCAUGCAAGGCUACUUAUUCGCUUGGGUCUCUCACGCCUUCAUUGAGGUGAACAAACCAGCCACGUUCACUUAUCCCGCCUACAGUUUCGUCUCAGACUGGAUCAUGUUCAAGGAUCUCUGGUUGGGAUCGCUAGCAAUGUGGUAAAGAAAGAACAUUAGAUAAACAGUAUGCGAGAGAUGUUGGUUGUCUUCAUUGUGGAUGGAACUUGUGCCCGUGUAUAUGAUACCAAAUGAGUGAAUGAAGGCCCCGAGAUUGAGGCAGAGCUCUAGGAGAUUUUCGUGCCCGUUCACCAAUGUGGUCUCAAUGGCGGCCUCAAUCGAAGGGAGGAGGCCCAGACGAAAGAGUCUGAUGAAAUGAAGAAACAUCAAUUUGGGAACAAAAGAAUGGAUUUCGAAAGGAUUGCCAUUCCAUUGCGGACCAUUGACUUGGAACUUGGCUGUUUAGAGGACUCGUUCAUCAAACUAGUUGGGCCUAACAUAGAGUUUAGGACUUCUUAGUAUGCACCAAAUCUGAAUUAUACAUACAGUAGCCGU